AUGGAGCUGCCGCAAGGGGAUGAAAUGGAUGACGAGGAAAAAAAAACACCACAUGACGUGUGGUUGACCACGUCUCAACCACAAAGCAAAAUGAAGGACCGACUAGGAGAACUCGUGGAGUUAACCAAGCAGUAUGACCAGCAGUUCCCGGACGACGACGAUGAUUUUGACUCGCCUCAUGAGGACAUUGUGUUCGAGACGGACCACAUCCUGGAAUCCUUGUACCGAGACAUCCAAGACCUUCAGGAGGAAAACCAGCAGCUGAUUGCCGACGUGAGGCGCCUGGGAAAGCAGAACACCCGCUUCCUCACGUCCAUGCGGCGCCUCAGCAGCAUCAAGCGGGACACCAACUCGAUCGGCAAGGACAUCAAGGCCCGGGGCGAGAGCAUUAACCGCAAGCUGGGCGCCAUGAAGACGCUGAGCGAGCAGGCGGAAGUCCAGCACGGCGCGCACUCGGCCGUGGCGCGCAUCACGCGUGCGCAGUACAGCGCGCUCGCCCGCACCUUCCAGGCCGCCAUGCAAGAGUACAACUGCGCCGAGAUGAAGCAACGCGAGAACUGCAAGAUCCGCAUCCAGCGCCAGCUGGAGAUCAUGGGCAAGGAUGUGUCGGGCGACCAGAUCGAGGACAUGUUCGAACAGGGCAAGUGGGACGUGUUCUCCGAGAACCUGCUGGCCGACGUGAAGGGCGCGCGGGCGGCCCUCAACGAGAUCGAGAGCCGCCACCGCGAGCUGCUGCGGCUGGAGGGCCGCAUCCGCGACCUGCACGACCUCUUUCUGCAGAUGGCCCUGCUCGUGGAGCAGCAGGCGGACACCCUGGACGUCAUCGAGCUCAACGUGCAGAAGACCGUCGAAUACACCGGGCAGGCCAAGGUGCAGGUGCGCAAGGCUGUGCAGUACAAGAAGAAGAACCCCUGCCGGACGAUCUGCUGUUUCUGCUGCCCCUGCCUCAACUAG